ACAUAAAACAUUUUCCAUCCGCCGCUUGGAUGACGAUACCUUCACCACUCCACACCAGCUAAACCCAUCCCGACCGCUGCUUUGUUGUUUGUCGCUUUAGUGAUAGACACGAGCUGACGGGCUGACGGAUUUUGCUCUGCUGAUCAAUUCCCGACCUUAGCGCCUCUGAUGCGCUUUUCAUGAAAUCCGGAGCUUGAGGCUAGCUUGGAGCUUAAGCUGAAGCUGUGGCCAAAAUCGAAAAACAUGCCUCCUCCGAGACAAGGCCGUUAUCAACCUGCCCGGGAAUUUCACGUUGUUGUGCUAGGCGGUGUCGGGAAGAGUUGUCUUACAGCUCAAUUUGUCCACAACGAAUGGAUUGAGAGUUAUGACCCGACUAUUGAAGACUCGUAUCGAACCCAGGUGGCCGUCGAUGGUCGUCAGGUAGUUCUGGAGAUUCUAGAUACUGCAGGCACUGAACAGUUCGUUGCUAUGCGGGAUCUGUACAUGAAGACUGGUCAAGGGUUUUUGCUAGUCUAUAGCAUCACUUCGAGUUCGUCAUUAACUGAGCUAGCGGGGCUUCGUGAUGAGAUCAUCCGUAUCAAAGACGACGAGACCGUGCCAAUUGUGAUCUGUGGAAACAAAGCCGAUCUAGAAGACCAGCGGUCCGUGCCACGCACCAAAGGCUUCCAAAUCUCGGAGAGAUGGGGUGCGCCAUACUAUGAAGCUAGUGCUCGGACGAAGACAAACGUUGACGAAGUAUUCAUCGAUUUAUGUCGACAAAUGCUACGAAAAUAUGAUGCCGCGGAGCCCUGCGCCGAGGAUCAAGACGACAAGUUCGAUCCGUACUCCAUAUCCUACUAUAAAAGACGAAGGCGGAGGAAAGACGGCGAGCGAGGCUCACACCAUCGACCUAAAUGUGUUAUUCUAUGAUUCCUCCAGUAGCUUUCACUCAAGAGCUUAUGAGGGAUGUGGGUGAAAGCUUGCAUGAGGAUUCAGUUUCACGGGGCAUGCGACAACUAGUCGUCAGGACGUCUUUUCGGAUUAUAGAAUAGCUACUGGUUUAGGUGCAAAUACUCUACACUAUGGAAAAGUCCAGGCGCUUAUAACGGUUACCUAAAACGAAGACGACGA